GACUCAUCUGUUUUAUUUUUUCCCAUCUUUACGUACAAAGACACGGCAGCAGGGGCUUCACAUCACAAAAAUGAGCCAUUCCGAGGAGCCUAAAGUGAACAUUACCCCCAGGAUUGUGGAGGAAGAGACCAUGGCUUCGGGAAAAUGGGUGAAGCUGGAGAAGACGACAUACGUGGAUUCAGCUGGAAACACCAGAAUCUGGGAGACUGUGAAAAGAAUGACAAGACAAAGCCACACACAAACAGAUGGUGUGGGAAUCAUCGCUCUACUGAAACGGACGCUCCAUAAGGACUGUGUGGUAAUGGUGAAGCAGUUCCGUCCUCCUCUGGGAUGCUAUGCUCUGGAGUUUCCUGCAGGGCUGAUGGACGAGGGCGAAACAGCUGAGGCGGCUGCACUGAGAGAGCUGAAGGAAGAAACGGGCUACAAAGGCGAAGUGGUGGGAGUCACGCCAGUGACCUGUCUGGAUCCUGGUCUGUCCAACUGCACCACCCAGAUUGUCAUGGUCAACAUCAACGGAGAUGAAAUGGAGAACAUCAACCCAACACAGCAGCUCGGUGAUGGAGAGUUUGUCGAAGUCAUUCUUUUACCUCUUGAAGGAUUCCAGAAGAAAAUAGAUGAGUUGCUGAAAAAAGAAAAAAUUGUGGUGGACUCCAAAGUUUACAUCUAUGCCAUGGGCAUGGCACAGGCUUUCUUCAAACCAAAGGAAGUUCCUGUCCUCAAACAGUGAUGUAGAAGGCUAAACCCCCAUUUUUUUU